AUGAAGGCCACAACUGCCAAUCAAACUCAGCAAAUAUGUGAAUAUGUAGGUAAGUCCAAUGAAACUGUGGGCCUCUGCAGUCUGCACUUCAGCAAGACCAAACAAAUCUUCAUUUUAUCUAUUCUAGCUGCUGAGACCGAGUGUCAUACUUUUAAAACCAUGGGCCUUCAAGCCCGUCAUCUUGGAGUCACAUUGCUAUGGUGUCUCUUUUCGGUGAGUCUCUUUAACAGUUUCUCAUCUGAUGUAAAGCCGAGGUACUUCGGCAUUCCCAACAAAUCACUCGCAAAAACGAAGCAAGCCGAUGCGUGUCGUUCUUUGUUUACAAUUAACCAAGUUUUCACCAGCGGAGGUUUACGUCAUGCGAAGUUUGUGCAUAGCACGCUCACAAAUGAAAGCGGUUUCAAUAUACAUCCUGCCACGACUUACCGUGAAGAGGAGGUCGCUGCCGCUGCCAGGGAGGUGCGGCACCUAGUGAGCAAGAGGGCGUCAUUCGCAGGGCCUGACACGGACGACUAUCGUGUCCUCGGCUCCCUUCUGCCCAAACUCGUGGCCUUCGAGCACCUCGAAGGAGAGGACGAAGCCCCGGCCGGGACGAAACAGGCUCAGCCGAGGCCGCACGUCCGAGGGGGAAGCAGAAUCGACGCCGGCGGAGGCGUGUUGCCCUUCGUGCCAUGCGUCAUCGCGCCCUACGACCAGUCGAACUCCUUUGCCACCUGCGUCAGGAGGAGGCUGGCGAGAAAGGGCUCCUUCUGGAUCUACUUCAUGGGGGACUCGAAAAUCAGGGGUGUCUUCAUGGAAAUGCUGAAGCGCACCGACGGGGAAUUUGACUAUCGGAUUGAAGUUAAGCCCAAGUAUCCGAACCAGACGUGGAGUUACGCAAAAAUAGUAUCGAGACAGGAUUUUCGACACCAGGACAUGAGAGUUACUUCCGCUGCUGCUGACGGCCUCGUGAUCACCAUGAGUUUCCGCGUAUUCGUGCAGAUGGAGAGACCUUCCAGGCUCCCAGACGAAGCGGAAGUGACGCAGCUGCGCCGCUGGGCAGACGGAGCUGACCCCCUGCCAGACAUUCUGAUCCUAGGUUAUACAUCGUGGAUGCUGCAGAGACACAUGGAAGAUGCGAAUAUCCUUGAACUUCUGGACGGGUUAUUCGAGAUGCACAAGGCAGUCGUACCUCAUAUUGUGAAGAUCUCGCGGUCAACAAGGGUGUUGGUGCUGCCCCAGAGUCGCCCGAAGCCGCACGCCGCCAUGAUUAACGUGGGUUACUCAAUCAUCAACGUUCCUAACUUCGACUGGAGCGAGAAAAUCUUUCUUCAAGAGGUGCAGAAACACAGUCGAAAUCAAGGUGUUCCUCGCAGCGAAAAGCAACAGGACGACCACAGACCAGGACUCCAUUCCGGGACGUUUCGGGACCAUCUGAUCCCUGGGACAUCCACGCCGGGCCUGUGGUGGUGGGACUCGAGCCUCCCGAUCAACCUGGCGGAGAUCGAAGAGUGCAACGAGCUUCACCGCCGAGACCUGGCUGGCGACGUGGCUUACACAGGUCCUCGGCUCCAGUGCAGAGACAUCCACCACGCUGGAGAAGAGACCGCUACAGACCUCGUCACGAUGCUUUUUAACCUGAUGUGUAAUUCAGUCUUAAAACUGCACGAGAGUCUGUGCUGUUCAUGAAAGCUUGUAUCUUUGUGUUGGCUGCAGGAAAUUUACGAGAGCAAAAGCAACUUGUAUAUAUGGAUGCAAUGCCGAUGCAACCAAAAGUGCAUUUUCAAAAACUAUUUUCAUUAUCUAUUUUUAUUUCUUACUAUCCAGUAGCUAGGCACUGUAUAUCCUGGAUAUAAAUUAUAAUAAGAUUAUUUUUUCUUCAUAAGCUCAAGAACUACUGUAAAUAAUGUACAACAGUCUCUGAACAUUAUGUAUUCUCAAUAAAGAAAAGGUCUUUUCUA